AUGUCUCCUCGUCAUCCGCUCUGUCCCGAUCCUCCUCCUUUGGGUCGUAACGACACCUGUUCGUACGAGGUUAGCUACUACGGUGAACACAUUGAGAAAGGGCAGAGCAGCAGCGGCCGUUUUGGAUGGGACGUAUUCACCUUCAAAUCUGAAAUUCGUGGGCAACAGAAGCAGCAACAACUAGUCACGAACGUUGCGUUUGGCUGCGGGAUAGUGAACCAUAUUGAUACGGGGCCUCAAGGUCCAGAAGGGAACCCGAUCGCAGGGCUUCUAGGCCUAGCCUACACGGCACCUAGUAACUUCUUGAAGCCUGUUAUGGAUGUUGAAUCAGCAAAUGGAACACUGAUACACUUUGGUAAAGCUGCACAAAUUUCGGGUCCUAACGUGCAGACUACACCAAUUUUGGGGCAGGGCGGAUAUUAUGUGCAGUUGAAGGGUAUCCGUUUCAAUGGGAGACUGGUCCCAAUAGAUCCAAAGUUGUUCAUGGAGCCUGUAAGUGAGACAGUUAUUGAUUCAGGAACACAACAUAGCUUCAUCACCGCCAAAGCCUAUGUCGUCCUCAAACGAGCUGUGAUAAGUCACUUUCAAGACGCCUACGGAUGGAACCCUUUAAACAACACCAGGAAACAUGCAGAUUAUGACUUGUGCUACGAGAUACACAGAGGAGGAAGGUAUAAAUUUCCAAAACUCACACUGCAUUUCGAAAAUGCAUAUAUGGAUUUGGAUAGGCAAAAGCACAUUCAGAGAGUAUAUCCAAGAAAAUCAAUUCUGCAUGACGAUUCUUCCUCUGGAUGA